AUGCCUCCUCAAAUCAAACAAGAUCUCAACCGCUCCGGUUGGGAGACCACCGAUUUCCCCUCAGUCUGUGAGAACUGCCUCCCCGACAAUCCCUACGUCCAAAUGCUGAAGAACGAUCAUGGCGCAGAAUGCAAGAUAUGUACACGUCCUUUUACAGUCUUUACCUGGAAAGCGGACAGGACGUCGCGCUCGAAGCACACAAAUAUCUGCCUUACCUGCGCGCGUCUCAAAAAUUGCUGCCAAUGUUGCAUGCUCGAUCUUUCCUUCGGCUUGCCGAUUGUAGUCCGAGACGCAGCGCUGAAGAUGGUGGCGCCUGGUCCGCAGAGCGCAGUGAACCGAGAAUACUAUGCGCAGGAGCACGAGAAGGAGAUUGAAGAGGGAAGAGGCGAGGUAGAGAACUACGAAAAGACGGAUGAGAAAGCUAGAGAACUGCUCCGGAGAUUGGCGAAUAGCCAGCCUUACUUCAAGAAACAGAGGAGGAUUGGACCCGCGGAGGGUGAGGGCGCCGAAGGGAAUGGGAAUGGGAAUGGGAAUGCGAAUGCGAACUCGAAUGCGUUGACGGCGGGUGGUCCGGGUCCGAUACGAACACGAGAUAGCCGUGGGCAGGGGUCAGCAAGGGGCGUGGGACGCGGCAGCAGAGGUGGAGCACGAGGGGGGAGAGCAUUCCCUAGCGCAGCGCAAUUACCUCCUGGUCCUCAGGAUAUUCUGCCACCUGCCGACAAGUCUAUCACGUCGUUAUUCAUCACCGGUGUCGAGGAUGACUUGCCCGAGUACAAGAUACGAGAGUUCUUUACCCCGUACGGAAAGCUGCGAUCGCUGGUGUGCUCACACAUGUCACACUGCGCAUUCAUCAACUAUGCUACGAGAGAGGGUGCUGAAGCUGCGGCUGCAGCGCUACAAGGGAGGGCGGUGAUUGCCGGGUGCCCAUUGCGAGUGCAAUGGGGAAGACCGAGACCUAUUGGAACGAUGGAUAAGGAAGAAAGAUCAGCAACUGGAAGAGAAGGACGAUCCGCGUUUGCGGACUCGGGCCCAAGUCGAGCAGUCGAGGGCAGAAAUGAUGCGGGAUAUAUCGAGGCGCCGCCGAAAGAUGAUCUGGCGAACAUGGCUGCGGUUGCGCCUCCGCCCGGCCAGGGCGACGUACAGUAUGCCAGUCUUGCUGGGAAUUAG